GAAACCUUAACCUUGAACGAAAAUGCUACCGGUGACGCCAGGGUUACCGAUACCGGAAAUAUAACAUAGGUUAAGGUGGGAUUUCUAUAUUGAUAUCAGUUGAUAUACUGUGUGAAGGUGGUGCAGAAUCGUUGUUUAUCCACAUCCGCAAAACGGAUUCCAGGCUGAUAUGGUGGCCCAUUGUCUUCUGCACGCCCUGGGGGCUGCCAUCUUCGCUGGCUGCACUUACUACGACACCCAUGUGCUGUUCCUCACGGACCCAGACGACCCACACCACCAUGUUGUGAAGCAGCUGGCCUUUGAGAGGGACCGGUUGGGUGGACGAUGGAAGUAUCUGACCAUAUGGGGCCUGACCUGUCAGCUUGUUUAUUACUGCUUGGCAGUGGUGAACGAUCUCUUUGGCAGCAACACUUUCGACAAGAGCAAGGUCACCAAGCUGCAGAAGAUCCGUGACGUCUUCUUCACAUCCAUUGCUCUUCCCGUGGGAAUGCUGGUGAGCAUCAUGUUCUGGGGCGUGUUUUUCGUGGACCGCGAGCUGGUGUUCCCGGCCAUCCUGGACGCGCACUACCCGGCGCUGCUGAACCACGGCGUGCACACCAUGCCGCUGCUGAUCGGCCUGCUGGAGGUGGCGCUGGAGCGGCACAACUACGCCUGCAACCGGCUCUCGCUCGGCCUGCUGAUGGGCUUCCUCGCCACCUACCUCGGAUGGACGCUGCAUUUGGCGCUGGUGGAGAAUCUCUGGGUGUACGGCAUCCUGCGCGUGCUGAGCUGGCCCAUGCGCGUGGCGUUUAUGGGUGUGAAUCUGCUCAUCGGAGUCUGUCUCUUCUUCCUCGGCAAGGGAUUCGAUAACUUCGUCUGGGGUAACGAGAAGGCGCUGGCGCAGGUCGACUCGACCAAAAAGCGGCGCUGAUCUGUCGUUCUCUCUCCGCCUCUGGUCGGUAAGGUCCCUGCCAGCUAAUACCGUAAGCCUUCUGCCGGGGCGCCGGAGAUAGCCAUAGUGAAAGGAACACUCGUCGGUAAAUGUGUCGCGUCACCCUUCGGCGUUUUCGCCUGCUCAUGCUGAGUUGCGCUGGCUGAUGACGAAGCGAAGGUGGAAUUAUCGUGCUGGUGUCGCACGUCUGUUGCCGAGCACGGCCGGCCGCAGUCUGCACAGUGAUUUUGAUUUAGCGAGAUUAUAAUUCGAUGGUAGCGGAUAGAUUAUUUCACUCAAGGAUAAGAUCAUUGCAUGAUUAUUAUGCACCGGCGAUACGUGCCGUUUAGGAUUGGCGAUGUUCUUUGGAUAGCUGCAGAUGCAACGAGCCCCGAUUCAUAUGGCGUAGCGAAACCACAGUAGCACGCGUUGUGUAUGCUGGUGGUGUUGACUCCCUGUCGUUUGGCUACUGUUUCAGUUUGUGCGCGUCAUGCAACUGUGGACCUAAGUUUGUUUGUCUAUUACGCGUCCGGACGGUAUGCCGUCCACUAGUCAGAUAUACAACGAUCAACUUAAUUGUUCUACGCACAAGUGAUCACAAUCACAUCGUGAUUUAUUGUUGCCUGAUGAAGUCGAUUUGAUUUCAUAAUCGUUACAUAUUUGAUAUAGGUGAUUGUCGAUAUUGCACUGGUACAGCAAUAAAUCCUUAACACAUCCAAGCUGGAUGAUUUUUGAGGGAUGCAGGGUGCAGUAUAAAUCUGCCAGCCGUUUGUGCUCUACUCUCUAAGACACUAAAUCGAGCGUGAAUCGGCAGCGGAGCCCAGUCCGUCGCUUACGAACCUCGACCUACCAACUUCAACGCAAUCUGAUCGCGUGCGGGUUAACCAUGCGCCUUGUCGUGGCCGAUACUAAGCGAGGAAGCGUCUCUGAUAGCACAUCGCCCUCGUCCAGGGGGCCGGGCUCUGUGACGAUAUCCUUAGCACGGUACCGGAUGUCAGGAGGGUGCCCGAAUCUCCCUUAGCACGACACCGGACACGGACGAAAUGUGCCGUGACCGGCGGAUGGCAGUCAGGCGCCUGGUGUGCGCCCCUGCGGGCAGCAGUUCUCGGAGGGAGCUCAGAGGCAGAGCUGACGCGGUUCGGCAGAGUACUCAGCACCGGGGGCUGCGAGCCCAGCUCUGCCAAACCGCUUCACAGCUGCGCUCUCGGAGAGCUCCAGUGCGGCCUCGCGGUCCCUCCGUGUCUCAGCGGCCGACCUGUCCAUCUCGCGUCCAAGGCGCGGAGGUCGGCGCGCGCGCCCGGCGUCGGCCGCUCAGGCUGGCCGGUCGUACAGAGCGCGGCAGCGCGGCCGGCCGGCGUGCCAGCGCCGCCAGGAUGGCCGGCGCCGUGCUGCCGGCCUUCUCCAAGCUGAGCGCGCUCCUGCACACGCGCGAGACGGACCACCAGCUGGACACGCUCGUGAUGCGCCUGCACCACCGCGCCACCGCCCGGCUCCUGCUGGUCGCUGCCUUUGUCGUGAGCACGCGCAGCCUGGCCGGCGAGCCCAUCGAGUGCUCCACGGACGCGCGCGUGCCGCGUCAGCUCAUGAACAGCUACUGCUUCGUGACGGCCACGUUCAGCGUCACCGGCGGAAGAGGCGGGGAGGCGCCGGCCGGCCUCGGCGGAGGAGGAGAGGGCACGGUGAGGAAACACUCCUACUACCAGUGGGUGCCGUUCAUGUUCUGCCUGCAGGCGCUGGCCUUCUACCUGCCGUACGCGCUGUGGAAGCACAGCACAGGCAGCGUGCUCCGCGACUGCCUGGCCUUUCAGGUAGACCAGCCUGACACGACCAUGCAUGCUAGUUCCACCAAACUGAUGUCGUUCGCCGGCUAUCUCUCGGCACGCAUGGGCAAGGUCAACCAAAGCAUCGUCAAGACGUUCUUUUUCGUCGAGCUCGCGUGUCUACUGAACGUCAUCGGUAAUCUGUUCCUCAUUGACCUGUUUCUGGGUGUGGAUUUCGGCCGGUACUGCGUAUCCCGCGCAGCCGCCCUGCUCACCGGCACACCGCCCGAGCCCGACCUCGUGUUCCCGCCGCUCGCCAAGUGCACGUUCGCCAAGUUCGGCGCCUCGGGCACCCUGGAGCGGGUGGACGCCGUUUGCGUGCUGCCGCACAACGUGUUCAACGAGAAGCUGUUCGUGUUCGUGUGGGUGUGGACGGCGCUGCUGGCGGCUCUGACGGUCGUGUACGUGCUGUUCCGGGCGGUCACGCUGGCGGUGCCCAAGGUGCGCCGGAACCUGCUGCUGGCGCGGCUGGUGCCCGAGCUGCGCGACCACGGCCGCCAGGUGUUCGAGCAGUGCACAGUGGCCGACUGGUUCCUGCUCUGUCAGAUCGGCCGGCACAUGGACGCGCUGGCCUUCAGCGAGCUGGUGCGCCACCUGGCCGCCAGUCACCAGGAGCUGCUGCUGCCGGCCAUCAGCGUGGCGCUCUCCCGGCGCGCGUCGCAGUGGUCGGACGGCCACCGGCGGUCCACCGACCACCAGACCAAACUAACCGGCUGACCGACCACCAGACCAAGCUGACCGGCCACCGGCGGUCCACCGACCACCAGACCAAACUAACCGGCUGAUCUAACCGACCGGCGGUCCACCGACCACCAGACCAAACUGACUGGCUGAUCUACCCUAACUGAUCGGUCACCGGCGGUCCACCGACCACCAGACCAAGCUGACCGGCUGACCGACCACCAGACCAAGCUGACCGGCUGACCAAGCUGACCGGCCACCGGCGGUCCACCGACCACCAGACCAAACUGACUGGCUGACCGACCAUAGUGACCGGUCAGCGGCGCUCUACGUAUCAUCAGACCAAACUAACCGGGGCCAAACUGAACGUCUGAAGUUCUGAACAGACCGCUCAGCGCUCCACCCACCAAGGGACCAAAUUAAACUUCUAGAUUUGACUUUGGAGUAGCGGAUAGAUGAAAUGGUGUGGCAGACAAGUGUUCCUGAUUUAAUUCCCAACACAUGACAUUAGUGGCGUCAUCCGCGUUUCUCGUUCUUCUGUGACAGCAUUAGACCCGACCCCGGGAAUAUAGGAAAAACACAUGGCUCGGCUCGGCGGAGAGUAGUCUUAUUCAGCGGCAGCUCCAUAGGCCGUAGGCGCCUUCGCAGGUCCCUCGACGAUAACCGUCAGCGAGAAUAAAAACAAGUGUUUGCAGGUACUUCUUGUAUUGACCAAAGUUCGAACAGAAUGAGUGCAAGGCAAUAUGAAAGUUAGUAAAAAGCAUGUACUGAAGAACUACUUCAGUACAUAUUCCUCUUAUUUACUCUAACUCACGAUAGUUUCGAGUGUUCUCUCGUCUUCCUUACCUGUGUGCGAGGGUCCGUUCCGCAGACGCCGUCUCCGGUCCUUCAGAUAAGCGUCGAGUGGUGCUCGAAGUCCGGUGCCGCCGACAGCCGCUCGGGCAGAGGUCCUCGCAGGUCACCAGUCCGCAUUGAGUGUGAUCACUGAUCAGCAACGAGUUACCGUGAAUGACGAAACCAGUGAGCGACGAUAGGCCACAUGAGCUUGUAACAAUUUAAUCUAGUGUGUGGUGUGGCUGAUUAUGGAAGUGUGGGUGUUGGAAAAUGAAGAGUGCGCCCCUCAAUUCCUCAACGGUUGCAGAGCCCCAACUUCGAUUGAACAAUAAAUACGAACAAAACAACGACUGAAUCGCAUCAAGAACUUAGUGGAUAGGGACCUACGGCAUGAAAUCCCCAUAAAUUGCACGAGACACGCAGUGCUACUGAAAACAAAGCGCACUGGCUUCGGUUUUGAUCAAAUUAAUGGCUCAAAUUGAUUCCUACCACCUGCAAUAACCAUCAAACCAUUGGUCUUGGAGUUAGUUACCAACUAGAGUUGCAAAAUUUCCCUACCGCACUACCGGCAUGCCGGUAAUUUUUCACUACCGCAGGUUUUUUCGUGGUAUCUGGCAUGUCUUGCCGGUAGCAUGCCGGUAUUUUUGAUUUUGCACACAAAAAAAUUAUCAGCAUAUGAUUCAAACUUUGGACACUAAGAGGCUAUUGAAUUGUAAUAACAGCAAUCUUAGCCACUGCAAAAUACAUUUUGUGGUAAAAGUUCCAUAUGCCGUAUUAAAAUUACCGCCAAAUUACCGGUAUGCCGGUAAUUUGGCGGUUUUUUUGGCUUGGGGCGUGGUAGCAUGCCGGUAUCCCAGAAAAUUGUUGUGGGGCGGGGCGGUGCCGGUAGCAGCCCAUUGGGAAAACUUUGCAACUCUAUUACCAACCCCUGAAAGAUGCAUAAAUUCAUUACAUUGCUUAUCGGUAGUUUUAGUCGGGAACGGUGUUCCCACUUAUCCAGAUCCUUUGCGCCUGUUUUGGUAUGGCUUGCACCACUCGGCACUCACCAGUGCUGGGAAAAUCUUUCGAAACAAGCGUCUUCACCACUAGGCCAGACGGUCAGCUGCUGGGAAAACGAUCCCCUCUCCAAAUAGAUAACGUAUCACCAGCGGCCCUUAAGUUUCCCAGAAGUCUUACUGUCUUGCCUGGAAACGUGUGCGUGUGAUCGCGAGAAGAUUUCGUCAUGUGAUCCGUGGUCAUACGGAGCAAUGGAGUAGAUAUCCGGAACCGGUCGCCAGUGGUGCCACCUGCCUACAAGAAGUGCGCUCGGAGCGCCACCUACAACCAUCCGCCAUCGGCAGCCGGCUGCCACAUCUCCAGUUUCAACAGUGACACACCGCGGUCCCCUCCUCUAGUCGCCUCUGAAGGCGGAGAGGAGGGACACCGCGGCUGUCCGGCCGCGCUCAGCACCGCAGCCCCCGCAUCGGCCGACAGCCGCGACCGGCAGGACACGAGGCUAGCCGCUGCUCAGCAUGGAUAUGAUAGUACUUGUUGGUGCCCAUUAGCGAACCAACAAACAGAACGUUUUGGUAUUCCCUCUUGACGAUUUAAAAGGUAGAUUU